AUGCCUCCUAAGUGGUAUGAUCCUGAAUAUGAAUCCCAGAGAUCCCGAUAUCCUAUCUGUAGAAGGGAUGAAGAACAACUAUCACAAACAGCUGUCGCCUUCAAUGCAUCUCUUUAUUCCAGUACUAUCCCGAAAACCACAGAAGAAGCUCUCCAAGAACCAAAGUGGAAGCAAGCUAUGGAUGAAGAGAUCAUGGCUCUCCAGAAAAACGAAACGUGGGAGAAGUGUAGAUUACUAGGGGAUAAGAAGACGGUUGGCUGUAAAUGGAUUUUUUCAGUCAAGUAUUAUGCUGAUGGAACCAUUGAGAGGUACAAAGCAAGGCAUGUUGCAAAAGGGUACACACAGACUUAUGGGGUAGACAACUCGGAAACAUUCUCACCUGUGGCUAAAAUCGAUACCAUUCGAGUUCUCUUCUCAGUAGCAGCAAAUAAAGAAUGA